AUGUUAAGAAAUUUAACGCUAGAGAAGGCUAUUAACAUUAUUCGGCUGAGUGUGGCUCUGACAUUUUGUUGGCCGCUGCGUUCGAGCAAUAGCAAAACUGUGAUAUUUGGUUACAGAGUAAUGCAAAUUUGUGCAGCUAUUAACAUGUCCUUGUUACUUCUGCCUACAUUAUACACGGUGUAUUUGCGAUCGGACGUAGAAAUUGUUUUUCACUCUAUUACCCAGGCAAUAUUCGAAGUUCAAUCUAUCGUACAAACUAUUAUAUGUUUCAGCAAGUACGACACUUUACAAUAUCCGUUUGACGUUAAUAAUCAGACAUUAGUGAGCGCUAUUAUACAUGCGCAUCAGAUCAUCACCUGCCACCAGGUAUGCGCCCACGAAUGCAUGUGUUUGUUUGGUGCGCUACUAAUUUGGUUCACCGCAGCGAGAUUCGAAUGUUUAAUGGCGGAGCUGCAGAACACCGCGGAUAUUCGUAUGCUGGCCCCGUAUAUCGAGAAACACUUGCAGAAAGCUAUUAACAUUAUUCGACUGAGCGUGGCUCUGACAUUUUGUUGGCCGCUGCGUCCGAACAAUAGCAAAACUGUGAUAUUUGGCUACAGAGUGAUGCAAAUUUGUGCAGCUAUUAACAUAUCCUUGUUACUUCUGCCUACAUUAUACACGACAUAUUUGCAAUCGGACGUAGAAAUUGUUUCUCACUGUGUUACCCAGGCGAUAGGCGAGAUCCAAUCUAUCGUUCAAACUAUUAUAUGUUUCAGCAAGUACGACACUCUACAGCAUAUAAUAGAGGAGUUGUGGAGUUUCAUCGAGGGGGCACAACGAUACGAGAAGGAUAUUCUUCACGAGUAUUUUGCGAGGGUCAACGUGCUUUAUGGCUGUUACAUCGUAGCUAUGUACAUCAUCGGGUUCGUUGGUUUGAUCGGACCCUUGUUCCUCCCAAUUGUUGACAUAAUAUUCGUUGAGUAUCCAUUUGACGUUAAUAAUCGGACGUUAGUGAGCGCUAUUAUACAGGUGCAGCAGAUCAUCGCUUGCCACCAGGUAUGCGCCCACGAAUGCAUGUGUUUGUUUGGUGCGCUACUAAUUUGGUUCACCGCAGCGAGAUUCGAAUGUUUAAUUGUUGAACUGCAAAGCACCGCGGAUAUUCGUAUGCUGGCAUGGUAUAUCGAGAAACACUUGCGUUUAAAAAGAUAUGCGGAAGAAGUGGCUGAGUGUUUUCGUUUCAUGGUUCUGUUUGUCGUAGCAGCGUGUAUGCUUGUCAUAACUAUAUCUGCCUUAGCAAUAGUCACGAGUUUGAAAUGUUCACAAAGUGUAUAUGAUUUACCGUGGUACGAACAAACAGCGAGGAUGCAGAAAAAUAUGCUGAACGUAUUAGUAUACCAAAAGCCAGUUAUUCUUUCCAUCAGGUGUCUACUGCCGGAGCUUUCUUUGCGUUACUAUUGCUCGGUAAGCUGUAUUAUCGUUACUAUUGCUCGGUAAGCUGUAUUAUCGUUUGGGUUGAUUAAAGGACUUGCACCAAGGCUCAUUCUCCAAUUAUUUGACUUAUCGAAUUUCAAAAACAAUUCUGUAAAUCUUAUAUAAAUUUAAAUAUUAAUUCAAUUCACAUUAGUAGUGACGAAGUUUUUGUUCACCUUGACCUUGUAUCUGUUUUUCUUUUUCAAUUGAUAGAGGUUUAAUUAUUGCACAGCCUUUAACUGUUACGGACAAUCUGAUAAAGUAAAAUCAAUUAUAAUGUUGAUAAUGAUUAAUCUUGAUAAUAAUAGAUUGAUAACAUUUCAGUACUUGUCGAACGCUUUCUCCUUUUGUACCGCUUUGCGUGCCAUAUUGGAAGAUACUACCGCAUAGAAGUUCAAAUAUUGUUAUAAGAGUUAUUAUUGCAGAAUGAAAUGUAUUAUGAUAACUAG